AAACCGGAUUUGGGAGGAAAAACAGCUUUUUAAAAGGCUGAAUACAAAGCAGUGGGUGACUGUACCGCAUCGCACUGGGAGCUUGCUGGCGAAGACAAGCAGAUCUUAAGAUGAAGCUGAUUGGACUUGCCAUCUUCCUCGCCAUGUCCGCCCAAGCCAGGGACGACUUGUGUGAUCUGCCACCAGAACAGGGGUACUGCCGAGGCUACUUCAGACGGUAUUAUUUCGACGAGGCCACACAGCGCUGUGCCGACUUCAUAUUUGGUGGUUGCGGGGGAAACAGAAACAACUUCGUGUUUCUUGAACACUGUCAGGAAAUGUGUGAGGAUGAAGCAGACGACACAUCCACGUCCGAGUCGUCUUCAGUUUCCACGACAACCAGCUUCACAGACACCUCCAGUAACGUCACAUUUGAAUCAGAUCUUGACUCUCAUUCAAGCACAGGAACACAAAACCUGACGGCUGAGGUAUUCGAAGAUUCAGACAAUUACACCCCUGAGGACACCUCUCAAAACACUACAGCCCUAAGUAGCGAGUCCGACAUGAAUGUGACUGAGGAAGAGGAAUCUCCCGACAGUGUAACCAAUUCUACUGAUUUAACGCCCACUGAACCCGUCCCCUCUUUAGCAGCGCUGAGAGUAACCUCCCCUGAUUAUUUAGACACGUCCUCCGCAGAUUGUGCCUCCCUACCAGACCGCGGCCUCUGUAGGGGACUCUUCAUCCAUUUCUUCUACAAUCCUGUGAGAGAACGAUGUGAGGAGUUUAUAUACGGUGGCUGUGGCGGAAACGGUAACAACUACCAACGAGAGGAUCAAUGCCGUAAAGCCUGUUUUAUGCCUGUUAAUAUGCAUGCGGCGGCGACGUUAAAGUCAACAUCAAUCACCUCUGAGAAAACGACAACAAAUAAUCCCACGACCUCAUCAACAAAUAAUGUGCCUGUGCCUGUUGUCACUGUGACUCAUGGGACACCGAAGCAGACGACAUCUGGUGUAGCCAUGUCAAAUCUAGAAUCGUCAUUUGAAGACCUUACAAGUGAAGACACAACUAAAGUGCCGUCGCCCGACAGCCAGAAAACAACACAGGUUCUUACUGAGGAAUCUGAUGAAGACAAAUCACCAGAUGACAUAGUUAUACAGGACUUUGUCGAUAAUUCUACCCAAUCUGGCAAUAUGAGUGGUGUAUUUGACAGUGAAACUCUGGGUGAAGACACUCUUACACAGAACUCAACAGACAGUCACAACCAAACGGGCAACGUAAGUCAGGAAAUAUUUUCAAGUAACGACACGCCAGCAGAUGAAGUCUUUCAACCGCCAUCCGGAACCUUUCCUAGCAGUGGGAAACCAACAUCCGUCUCAGCUGAAACUCCUAAGGAGACGCCCGAAGGCUUGGGCAUCACCCAGGUGUCAAAGACGUCUUCAGACUCCUCUUCGACGCUUUCAACAACGACGUAGAAUUACUGUGUAAAUUAUCGUGAGUGUGAGACAUGUUGACCCAUAUGCCUGCAUGCAUCUGACUUGACCGAUAUAUAUCAACAGGCACACGACUGAAUAUAGACACAUGAUUUACAUUUCUGAUUAUUCAGUAGACGCUGAUGUUGAAUGUUUAUAAUGGCAACUUAUAUCAAAACAUACAUUUUUAAAUACUUUUAUAUAAGCACGUGUAAUUUUCCCGGUGAUUAAAAAUAUAAUUAAAAAUACGUAUUUACUGAGCGUAUUCUUUAAGUCUACUCGUGUUUCGGAAUAUCACUGACCAAGAUAUACAGUGACAGGGUGUAUGGUGAAAUGUGAAGCAAAAUGAAGCAGGGAAUUAACUUACCCAGGACUUGCUUCUGUAAGCUUUUGUUUUGAGAAAGAAACUUCUAUGGUUUAACGUCGCGUCCAAUAUUAUU